AGGCGACAAUGAAGACGGCAGGAAGCGCAAUCUGCAAAUCCUAUGUUUAAAAAGGACCAAGGUUUAAAACUACUCUGAAUCUGGUUGACACCUCCCUCUCCAAGAUGGUGUCCUUGCUGCAAUCGGAGCGGGUUCUCUACCUAGUCCAGGGAGAAAAGAAGGUUCGGGCCCCUCUCGCACAGCUGUCCUUCUGCCGCUAUUGUAACGAGCUGCGGUCGCAGGAAUGUGUGUCUCACGAGGUGGACUCCCACUAUUGUCCCAGUUGCUUAGAAAAUAUGCCAUCAGCGGAAGCCAAACUAAAAAAGGACAGGUGCGCCAACUGCUUUGACUGUCCCGGAUGCAUGCACACGCUCUCCACCAGCGCAACAAGCAUCUCCACACAGCUUCCCGACGACCCAGCCAAGACCACCAUGAAGAGAGCCUAUUACCCGGCCUGCGGGUUUUGUCGCUGGACAUCUAGAGAUGUGGGCAUGGCAGACAACUCUGUGGCCAGUGGUGGUUGGCAGGAACCGGAAAGUCCUCACGCUCAGCGGAUGAACAAAUUGAUUGAAUAUUACCAGCAGCUUGCUCAGAAAGAGAAGGUUGAGCGAGAUCUCAAGAAACUGGCACGGCGUCGAAACUAUAUGCCUUUGGCUUUCUCGGACAAAUACGGUGUUGGAACGAGGCUCCAGCGACCACAAGCUGGUACUACCAUCAGCACCCUUGCCGGACUUUCCCUUAAAGAAGGGGAGGACGAGAAAGAGAGAAAGAUUGAGCCAGCUCAAGCUGUAGAUGUAGUGGAACCUCUAUCUGAAGACUAUUAUACAAGACCAGUAAAUUUAACAGAGGUAACCAGCCUUCAGCAGCGCUUUUUACAGCCUGACUUCCAGCCACUCUGGGCUUCUCAGCUCUACCCUCGUCACAAACAUCUUCUGAUCAAACGGUCCCUGCGCUGCCGGAAAUGUGCACAUACUUUGAGCAAGGCAGAAUUGAAUCCAACCUCUAUCAAAUUUAAAAUCCAACCGGUUGCUGUCAAUUAUAUCCCAGAAGUGAGAAUCAUGUCGAUUCCCAACCUUCACUACAGGAAGGAGAGCCAGGUCCUCCUGACUCUUACGAAUCCAGUGGAGACCCUCACCCACGUGACGCUGCCGGAGUGUGACGCAGGGGGCCCCGAUCAUAUCAACAGCACUGGUAUGGUGGCGGUGCCCAAAGAGCUUGUGUUGGCGGGCAAGGACGCCGCAGCUGCGUACGACGAGUUGGCGGACCCGCAGGACUUUGAGGACGAUCCUGACGUUAGAGCCUUCAGAAAGGCCGACAAAGUGGGUAUUUUCAUCAAAGUGACCCCACAACGUGAGGAGGGCGAAGUGACCGUGUGCUUUAAGAUGAAGCAUGAUUUUAAAAACCUGGCAGCCCCCCUCCGCCCCAUCGAAGAAAGUGGCCAGGGCACUGAGGUCAUCUGGCUCACUCAGCAUGUGGAACUCAGCUUGGGCCCCCUUCUUCCUUCAAAGGUGCCCCUGGUGGGAAGAUUCCAAAGGACACUAUCACUACAAACCCAUGUCAACAUGUGGAAGCCGCUGCUUCAUUAG